UAUUCAGCUUCUGUUUGGCAUGUUUUUGACUUGGAAUAUAGUAGUAUUGCUCUGCAACUACCUCUUCUUAAUAAUACUCAGAAAAAUGUUUCUUCGGGGUCGCCUUGGAUUUUCAGUUGCUUCAGCUGCUGCAAUAGUAUUCACCUUCUGGCCGGUAAAGCUUGCUUCAGGAGCCACUCUUGUACCAGAUGAAGUGGACGUUUUGAGGGAGAUAGCAAAAACAUUAGGGAAGACGGAUUGGAAUUUCGGAGUAGAUCCCUGUAGUGGAGAAUCAAACUGGAGAAAUGCUACUGCACCAAAAGAGUUUGCGAAUGCGGUUACUUGUGAUUGUUCCUUUGAAAAUAGCACGACCUGUCAUGUCGUUAGUAUAGUAUUGAAAUCACAGAGUCUUCCAGGAGAACUGCCACCAGAAUUGGUCAAACUCCCUUACCUCCGAGAGUUUGAUGUCACUCGGAACUACCUUUCUGGUAACAUCCCUCCAAUAUGGGGCACCAUGCAGCUUGUUAACAUUUCUCUCAACAGUAACCGCAUAUCAGGAACAAUACCAAAAGAACUUGGAAACAUCAGCACCCUUGCAAAUCUAACCUUGGACUUCAAUCAGUUGUCUGGAACUAUACCUCCAGAGCUUGGGAACUUAUCCCGCUUACAGAGACUAACUCUUACCUCGAACAAUUGGACCGGAGAGUUGCCUAGAACAUUGGCUAACUUGACUGCUUUGAAGGAGUUCUGGAUUGGUGACUGCAAUUUCACGGGGAGUAUACCUAAUUUUAUCGAGAACUGGAAAAGUAUUGAAUAUCUAGUGAUCCACGGUAGCGGUUUAAAAGGGCCAAUCCCACCUGGCAUUGCUUCCUUAACAAAUUUAACUGACUUGAGAAUCAGUGAUUUGAGUGGAAAUGACACAACUUUUCCUAACCUUCGCGGUGCAACUAAUAUGAAGACUCUGGUAUUAAGGAGUUGCAAUAUAGUUGGGCAGUUACCAGACUAUCUUGGCUCACUGACAAAAUUGAGAGUCUUGGACCUUAGUUUUAACAAAAUUGAUGGGCCAAUUCCCAGAAGUUUAGAUGCCCUAUCAAACACAGUUUACAUAAAGUGGAGCAGAAAAGUGCUAAAAGGGGACCUUCUUGAGAAGAUUUCUCUACGCGUGAAAGCUUCUAAAAGCUUUCCACCAUCAGCCCAAAUUGUGCAAACCAAAUUGUGCAAACCAACGGAAUUGCUGAUGAAGAAUUGAAUUGAUAUGAUGAAAUC